UGCCUGGCAAACUUGGGUACCUGCAUCCAAACCAGGGGUUGGAAAUAUCUUUAAUCCACGCUGCGGCCUCGGCAGAGGCGCUGUUGCGGCUAGCUAGACUGAACAGGCAGGCUUCAUAUUUUUAAUGCUUCAGAGUUGAAGCGUUGGCCGGGUAAAACUUUCAGCCAGCUGUGGGGAGUUCUGCAGGCUCGGUGCAGCUUAAUGGUUUGUCGCUCUGGUAGCGUCUGGGCUCGGAAAGGAAGCAAAGGUCCUUGAACGUGGCUGUGCUGCUGGGAUCCCAGGGCUUGAAUCUGGGGGCUGAGGGGGAGCAGAGCACUUCCAUGCUGAACGAAUUGUUUAGUUCAGAAGUUACGGGAUGCUUUUUUACUUUUUUUCGAGGAAAAGAAAAAUCAGUUACCUUGUAGGGAGGGAGGCUUAGAGCUUUUGCUUGCGUCCGGAAGAGCUCUUGGGGGAAAUGCUGAGCUCCUGGCUGCAGGUGGGGAUCUACAGAGGCUUGAGAGAGUGCAGUCACUGAAACGCUGCCUUUUGUUAAUCUGAAAUUAUGUCAAACUGUACCGAAUUUGUGGCAAGAAAACCACAGAGGUAGGCAGGCGAUUCUGGAAAAAAACCAUGCAUCUCCUGCCUGCCCUCGUACUGCCUUCUGGAACCUGGCUUCCUCCCACUGCAGCACCGAGGUCGCGGCAGAGCAGAGUCCUGCUGUGGCUCAGCUGUGCAGAAAAUCCGUCUGGCCGGCUCCCGGCUGCUGCUCGGAAGCCAUUCCUCUGCCCGAGCGUCCUUCCAGCAGUCGCACAAGGGUGGGAAGGAAGAAGAAUGCUGAAACGAUUUCAGCCUCAACGCAAGCCACAUGGCGUGGACAGAAGGGUCACUUGCCUGAAGGCUUUAAGAUUAUUUUUGUUUUCUCAAAAGCCAGUCCAGCACAUCAGUAGCGAUCGGGACUUAGAAGAGUUCGUCCAAGUUCUGUGAUGUUUGGGUCUGGCGUUUAGACAUACCAUCGGCCCUUUCUGAAUGAAAUCUCUCAGCAGGCGCUCGCCUGUGAAAUCUCUUCCUCAGAGCCUGCCUCUUCUGCAGAAACGCGAGCGAAGGGAGCGAGACCUUGUGCCUGCUCCUCAUUUGAAAUAUUCGUAAGAUUUACUAAUUGCAUCCCAUGAUCUCGGGCAGGUUAAGCAUUGUUGACUAACUGCUACGAGGCUUUCACUUCGUAAUUGGAAAAAAAAAACACCUAAAGUCUACUUCUGCUUCUCGAGCCUUUUUUCAGUACAAGUCCCCAGGGUACCAAGCCUGUGUCAGCUGCAGCCUUGGCCACCAUCACAGAUGGAAAUCAGCUCCAAAUGUUUGUCCUGCUUCCCUGCAAAUAUGCUCGCAGUAGUUUCAUGGACUUUCCUCCCAUGACGCCGCGCCGAGCAUUGCAUGCGCUCUUAUCUGGCUAGAUGGAUCGCUGUCAGCAGCAGAACUCAAUUUUACAGGAAAUUUAAUUUCUUUGUCACGAAGCCCAGCUAAGAAACUUGACCCGUUUGUAGCAGGGGCUUUUUUGGAGACAAAAAACUCGCACAUCCUGCAGUAACAAACCGACCGUGCUGGUGCUCGGGUGUCGUGAAAUGGAGCUGUUCCUCCUCGGAGCGCUGCGGGUGUGCGUCGCACCCACGUACCUGCUGCCAUCAAAGCCAUCUUGGCUUGUGGAGCCAGCGCGUUACGAAAUGCCGUCUGCCGAGUCUCUUGCCUCAAAGAAUGGCCCCGGGACGUGGAGAUCCAUGACUUUAUUGGCAGGAAAUUAAGUUGCACGUUUCAGAAGGUCUGUUGAAAUCCUCGUCUUGCAGACCUGCUCGGUCUCGUCUGAGCAGCCUCAGUCAGGCACUGGGUUUUCCAGCGUCGGGUCUCCGAUUUUUAAUUCUGGGGGAACCGACCCGUUGUCGCCGAAGUGCCUUCUCCCAGUGACUGCUGAACCUGAAUGUGCCAAAGACAUUUUCGUAGGUCGACAGCUCAAGAGCAACCACAGACCCUCCUGCACAAAGGAGAGGAUUGGCAAAGUAGGUCAGAAGAAUUUCUCUGCAUUAACUCCAGCUCAGGAAACAUCCUCGCGUUUGAACCUUAAAAAUUCGAGGCUGGAAAACCCAGCCGCUGUGGGAUCAGCUGUCCCCGCGUGUGCUUUCCUCGGCAUUAAAAGUUCACGCUUCGAUUCCGAUUUACCGGCAGCCUCCGGCCCUUGCACCUCGCUGUAAUUUUGUCUGCCCAACUUCAGAGCCUGCUCUUCCCUCCUGCCCUGGGUGCAGUUGCUUUCACAGCCUGUGAUCCUGUCGCUGUAAUAAGCCAAACGAGUUCAGCCAGGAUUGUCUAAAGCGCCUGCCUGUGUUGCAGAGCUCAACCCACGGCGGUUUCGGAAGCGGCUCCCCCAUGGCUGCAGCCCGCGGCGAGGGGCUGCCGGGCCCCCCGCUCCUGCCGGCCCUGCUCGCUGCCCUGGCCCUGCUCGGCCUCCUGGUCUACGUGGGCGCCCUGUGCGCUGCCUGCCGCCGCCAGGGCAGGAGGAAGAAGGUCCCUCCGGAUGGGGUGAAGCUGGUGGACGAGUCCCUGCUCAGACAGACGCAGCUGCGCUCGCUCAGCAAGUCGGACACGAAGCUGCACGAGCUGUACCGGCUGAAGGCCAGGGAUGACAACCAGCGACCGGCCAGCCUCGAUUUCCCCCCGGCCUCGGCCCCCCCGGGCCCCGACUCCCUGCACAGCUCCGGCAUCAGCGUCCUCCUGCACCGCGAGCUGCCCCAAAUCCCCGUCCCCGAACCCCCGGCCCCCGACCAGACCUACUCCAACCUGCUCUUCGCCCCGCCGCGACGCCCGGCACAGGACACGGUCUACGAGUGCCUGGCGGUGGGGGGGGAGGAUGCCCCCGCACCCCCUGCUCCCACGGGGACCCGGGUGUCCCCACCGCAGGCCAGGCGUGGGGCUGGUGACUACGCCUGCGUCCGCAAGGUGAAGAAGACGGCGCCCGGCGAGGAGCAGGAGGGGGCCGUGGCGGGGCCUCCCGCAGCCCCGCGGUGCUGGGAGGGUGCGGGCAAUGCCCCCCCCCAGCUGAAGGUGGAAGACAUGUACUCGACGGUGUGCAAAGCCACCAAGAAGAAGAGCCAGGGCCCCGCUGCGUCCCCGAGGGCUGCAGCGCAGGGGGGGUCCGGGCAGUUGCCCCCAGCCCAAGAGGAGCCCCCCCCGGCUGGCUGCUGGUCCACGGCCCCCCCCGAGCCCUGCUACGAGUCCAUCAACGAGAAGGCCUGGACUGCGUGCGCCCGCGGCCCCGACCCGGACUACGAGGCCGUGGACAUGACCUGGAAGAAGCCGGCGAAGCGGGACAAGGCCGGGAAGCCCAGUGCCCACGAGAACCUCUACGAAAGCGUUGGCGAAAUUUGGGCAGGGGAAUCCCGGCGAGCCUCCGGCAGGCCAGCUGCCAACGGGCUGGAGGUGUACAUCACCAACCUAUAGUGCGGACAGACGGGCAGACGGAUGGACGGACUGACAGAUGCCAUCGUGGCACAGGUCUCCCAGGCUGGGCUCUGCGGGGCUCAGCCCCGCUCGGGGCCGGCGGUGGCUCGGUGGGCACGGGCACACACCAGCGCGGUGCCAAGCAGGCAGCCGCAUCCCUGCACGCUCUCUCUGUAUAUAUUUUACAUUACUUUU